AACAACUUCUAACCUCCGUACGGGUGCUGACCUAAAGGUGAACACUUCCACACAACCUCAGUCGCCUUCUGAGUGAAGUCCUUCGUUGUGAGCGAAGAAAGCCUAAACCCUCCCCGGCGCUUGGGACCUGGUUUGGCGGCUCGAAACGCUCUCAGCGCCGAAGAGAUAGUCUCUGAGCUCACGGCGAUCUGGUUACCAGGCUAACCUAACCAUGGAGUACGACAAGGAUGGGUUUAAGGCCGAAACCAUCCCAAAACGGAGAAACGAUUUCUGCUGGGUUGGAGUGCUCGCUUUUAUUUUCCUGGUGGUCGGGUUGGCCGUGAUCGUGACGCUGUUCCUGUUACCGGCGGCGCCCCUGGUUCUACCUGACGACGUUCCGACAGGUGUGCCAAAAGUUAUAUAUUCCCCGGAUGUGAGCCCGCUGGUCUACUACGGUGUCGAGAACCAUGACGCUUUGGAGGUCACGUGGUCCCAUGGGGUCAACAGCAAGGUCAUGUUGACUGAAGCAUUAGCUGGCGACGUAAUGAUGCUUGAGGUUGACGUAACCCUCCGAGGCUACGGUACGCAUGCGCAGUCGGAUGUUCCAGUGGCAGCCCACCCACCCCUGACAGACAGUGACGUCACUGUUGAAGAAUGGCUGGAAGCCGCGCUGAGGACAGACAAGGGCAUCAAACUAGACUUUAAGUCACUAGAAGCGGUAGCCCCAGCCUUAAGAAUGUUACAGAGCCACAAACAUCAUAUGAAGCGCCCCCUGUGGAUUAACGCUGACAUUGCACCGGGCCCGAACGCCGGACAAAAAGAAGUGCACAUCCCUGCGUCAGAGUUCCUCUCAACCGUCAACCAACUCUUUCCCAACUGCACCCUGUCUCUUGGCUGGACAACCGGCUUCUACCACGAUGGAGACAACGAGGGUUACACGAGAGAGAUGGUUGAAGCGAUGCACGCCGUUACUAAGGACCUACGUCAGCCGGUGACGUUUCCCGUCAGGUUCUCCCUGGUUGGACAGUCGCUGGAAAACUUGCAAUGGCUACUGGACCAGUCAGACAGGUAUUCCCUUACGCUGUGGACGUCGACUAUGACAGGCGACGCACACAGACUGUACGACCUGGUCCGCCUUCGUAAAGCCGUCUCUCCGUCACGGAUAUACUACGACCUUCCCAAACAGCAAAGAGAGGACUUGAAAGAAGCCGCCAAAAACAACGUGACCGGCCUUAACCCGUUGUUCUUCUUUCCCGUUGCACGACGGGAUGGCCUGCUACUCACGUGGUCAGGAAGGACCAAUAGCAGGGCAGCAUUGCAAGAAGCCAUUCUCUCUAAAUCCAACAUAGUAGAAGGAGACGUCAUCCUCCGUGGUCACGGGACCGAACGCCAAACCAACGAGCCAAUCAUGGCGCGUCCUCCAGACAGCGACAGUGACGUCACGUUCGAAGAGUGGUUCGAAAACAUCAUGGCGGCCGAGCAUGACGUAGUCCCGAAGCUGGACUUCUGGAGCGCAGACGCAGUAGUGCCGGUUAUGAAUGUACUAAAGAGCCACAUUUCCCACAUCGACUUUCCCAUCAUCAUCAGCUGCCGUCCACUUGGCACACCGGGUAGCAACAUCGAACCCCUCGACCCUUAUUUAGUCUACCCUACCAUAUAUAGCUUCUUCCCGCCAGGCGUUAGCUCAGCCGUCUCAUUCGUCAACGUUACCCCGGCAACCGGGUUUCCCCAGCAGUUAGCUGAAGAUGCGCAUGCGCUGGCACGUGACAUGCUUCGCGAACCAAUCAGCUUUACCCUCAGGACUGACGUAAUCGAGACGUCAAUACCUACCGUAAAAUGGCUACUCGGUCAGUCCGAUUCUUAUGGGUUGACAGUGGCGUCGCCAGAACCGAUUUCCCCUGUCAUUCGUAGCGAAUUCGACUGGGGAAAACUUAUCUAUGAUGGUCCAAGAGAUGUUAUCGAUGCCUUGAGAGAAGGCGCGGGAACGGGAGGGGGUUUGGUCAACUUUUUCCAGUCAACCUACAGAAUCGACGGACGCGACGGACUUAACAUCAGGUGGGCCCAUGGAGUCAACGACUUUCAGGCUUACCACCAACAAGCCAUUCAUGGGCACCCUGUUCUGAUGGUUGAAGCUGAUGUCAACAUCCGGGAGGACAAAGUUCCCGUCAUGUCCGACCAGAGGGCAGGAAACGGAAGUGACGCAUACCCUCUGGACGAUUGGCUUCGUCUGGCCCCUUACUUCGGCAUCAUGCUGGAGUUUCACAGUGUGGAGGCCCUCAUUCCAUCCCUAAAGGUUCUUCAGAAUAAAGCCAGUGACUUGAGACUACCAGUGAUGUUGAAGGGAGAACUUCCCGGUCUCUUUACCAAGGAGACUUUUAUUGACCCUAUCUUAGACAUGUACCCACACGUCUCCAUCGUUAUCGAGAUGAAACCUGAUGACAUGUCGGACGGAUACUCUCGUUCCCAAGUUGAGGAGGUUGCCCGGAUGUGCGCCAACCUGACGCAGAUCGUGGUGCUGAGCGUGGAUGCCAGAUAUGUGCGUGGAUCCUGGGACAACCUGAGUUGGUUACUCAGCCAGUCUCCGCUCUACCAUCUCUACAUCUGGGCGGGUUGGCCGGAACCGGAAACGUACCAGCUUGACGUCACAGACCUGGUGUUCGUCAGGAACAGCUUCGACCGCAGCAAGGUGUACUAUGACGUCACGCCUGACGUCAUGGAGAAAUUCAAGAUGGCGCUGAAUUAAACAUAUAUGACACUAGGUUGGUUUUAUGGAUAUUUACUGAAACUGAGACGCUUCGUCGUUAAAAUUUCAAAAGAAAAGCUAUUUAACGAUAACAAUUAAAAUUUUUGUGCUGAGUGUGUCGAGACUCAUAUAAGUUGCAAAAUUGAUAACAUUUCAAAGGUUAUUGUAG